GACAGAUAGCAGAGACUCCAGAGAAGCAUGGCUCGGUGUAAUGUUUGCGUGGUGGCCCUGGCGGCUGUGUUGCUGCUAGUUUUUGCCAUUGUCUCCAGAUCCAAUGGCCUGAAGGGCAGGGAGUUUCAGGGGGCGUCGCGAAUACCUUCUGAGUUCAGCGAAGAGGAGCUCGUCGCUAUGAAAGAGGCGCUGAAAGGUGCUAUCCAGAUUCCCACAGUGUCUUUCAGCCAUGAAGAAUCCAACUUCACAGCCCUGGCUGAGUUUGGAGAAUACAUACAUAAAGUCUUUCCUGCAGUAUUCAACACCAGCUUUAUCCGGCAUGAAGUUGUGGGAAACUACAGCCACUUGUUUACUAUCCAAGGCUCAGAGUCCAGCCUGCAGCCCUACAUGCUGAUGGCUCACUUUGAUGUGGUGCCUGCCCAUGAAGAGGGCUGGGAGGUGCCCCCCUUCUCAGGGCUUGAGCGUGAUGGCUUCAUCCAUGGUCGGGGGACACUGGACAACAAGAACUCUGUGAUGGCAAUCCUUCAGGCCUUGGAACUUCUACUGACCAGGAACUACAAGCCUCGAAGAUCUUUCUUCAUUACUCUGGGCCAUGAUGAGGAGGUGUCAGGAACAAAUGGGGCUCAAAAGAUGUCAGCACUGCUACAGGCCAGGGGUGUCCAGCUAGCCUUCAUUGUGGACGAGUGUGGCUUCAUCUUGGAUGGAUUCAUUCCCAAUCUCCAAAAGCCCUUUGCCAUGAUUUCCAUCUCAGAGAAGGGUGCAAUUGACCUCAUGCUGCAAGUGAACAUGACUCCAGGCCACUCUUCAGCACCGCCAAAGGAGACAAGCAUUGGCAUCCUCUCAGCCGCUCUCAGCAGACUGGAGCAGACGCCAAUGCCAAACAUGUUUAAAAGUGGACUGUUGAAGACGACAUUGCAGCAACUGGCAAGCGAGUUUUCCUUUCCUACCAAUAUAGUCUUGAGCAACCUGUGGUUGUUUGGGCCCCUUGUAAGCAGGAUAUUGGAGAGAAAUGACGUGACCAAUGCGCUGAUCAGGACCACCACGGCGCUUACCAUGUAUAAUGCAGGGGUCAAGGUGAACGUCAUCCCCCCGGUGGCCAAAGCCACAGUCAACAUCCGGAUUCACCCUGCACAGACAGUUGUGGAGGUCCUGGAACUCAUCAAGAACAUUGUGGCUGAUGACCGAGUCCAGUUCCACGUGUUGAGAGCCUUUGACCCCCUACCCAUCAGCCCCAUUGAUGACCAGGCCUUGGGCUACCAGAUGCUCCACCAGACCAUACAGUCUGUCUUCCCAGAAGUCAAUAUUGUUACUCCAGGUACUUGUAUUGGCAACACAGACAGCCGACACUACACCAGCCUCACCACUGGCAUCUAUCUGUUCAACCCUGUCUACCUUCAGCCUCAGGACUUCAGAAGCAUCCAUGGAAUCAAUGAGAAAAUCUCUGUCCAAGGCUACCAGACUCAGGUGAAAUUCAUCUUUGAGUUGAUCCAGAAUUCUGACACUGACAGGAAGCCCGUUCCUCACCUGCAUGAACUGUGAAGUCGAGGAGCCAGCAGGGGUAGGGGUGCCUUACAUGGGGCCCACACAAAACUAAGGGCCUAGACAAAGCCAAGGUUGAUGAGAGUUGUGGUCAAAACCACAUUGUAAUACAUGGCUCAUCUCACCCACUCCUCACCACAACUCACUGAAGACAGGGCCAGGAGUAAGGGAAGGUCAGCAGAAAUCUGGCUUUUCUUUUCCUCCCAACAUUUGCAUCCAUAAGCGGACUGGCAUUUACUGCCUUCUUGUCCCUCCUAUCUUGGAAGGGACGGGACCCCUCUGAUUUCUGCUGGUUAUUUGACUGCUCUACCUCCAGGCCUGAUUUAACUAAUACCAGUUUGAAAAAUCUCCACCCGGUUUUACCUGAUAGAAGUGAACAUCUAGGGUACUUUUCCUGGACUGCCUUCUCCAAAGCUCAUGAUGUAUCUCUUCUUGCCAGAACCUCCUUUCCCCUGUCAUUCUCUCUCUUCUCGAACUCACAAGCUGCCUCUUCGUCUCUCCUCUUUUGCCUCUGCAUCUCUCCCUCUACUCUCCGAUUUAUUCUACAUCUGGAACAGGACUUAGUCAAACUGAUGCUACCAUAAUUGCCACUAAUGAUCAAAUAAAAAGAUCUGUGCAGCACCAACUGAACACUGAGGGGUAAACCUGAGGUGAGGACUCUGGGGGACCCCACACCUCCUGUCUCUGAAGGCUGGGCCCUGGAGAAGAAAGCUUCUGUCCUUGGGUUCCUCCCAAGGGCUCUCUGGGCUUUGCUCCCUCCCCUGCCCUGUUCUUGCCACCUGCUGCUGCUGUCCCACCCCAGGAGGCACUAAUCUGUAGAAACAUUUCCCUGGCACAUCUAUGGGCUAAGCUUCCCAGGG